UACAAAAGUGCAAGACUUAAAGGUUCAUUGUGAUAGUGACCACAGUAGUAGAAUGAAGUACUACAUCACAAUAGUAGGGGUGACACUUCCACUAGUUAUUGUGUGAAUGUGCUUCUUUAUUGCGUUAGAGUACUUCAUAAUUAUCGUCCUGGUGAAUGUGUUUUUAUUAAUAUAUGUCACAUCAUUGUAAGGUGUGUAUUUUUGCUAUAGUUAUUAUGGCAGUGUUUAGAAUUGUUAUGAGUGAGCAGUAACCAUAUGAAUGACUGUACACAUUGAGACGACUGUGUGGUGUGACACUGGUGUGUGUAUUACGGUGAUCUAAUAACAAUGUAUGGACAUAUGAUUGUAGGUGUGUUCAUUAUCAGUGGUUGUAAUCAGUGUACAACAGAGAGUGUUCACUUUUGAGAAUAAUUGCUGUUCCAGUGAGUGGUUAGUUACAGCACUGAAGUGUGUUUUAGUAGUUAGUGUGCUAUUCAGUAUGAUUACCGAUGGUAACCACCAGGAUGUUGACAGUGGGGGAUUCAGUGAUGGUAAUGUCAUUGUAUGUCGAGGGCAGGUGGUUACAGUCUCUUAUUGAAGAUGAUCCUGGCUUGGCUGUGUGUGUGGUGCUAAUGUUACCUGCCACUUCUAAGCCCAAACCUAGAUGUUGUCCAGUGACUGCUUACCAUACUGGGUACAGAAUAUGAUAUUGCCACAGUUGGAACUUCUUUAAGGAUAAAUUCUGAAGUUGAUUCUGUUGAUUUAUGCAAGAUGGUUGAGCGGAAGCUGCUGGUGUUGUUUGGUAGUCAGACUGGCACAGCGCAGGAUGUGGCCGAACGGAUCGGGAGGGAAGGAAUACGUCGGCACUUCAAGUGCAGAGUGAUGCCAUUGGAUAGUUAUAUGAUAGCUGACCUGAUCCAGGAACCCCUGGUGGUGUUUGUGUGCUCCACCACUGGCCAAGGUGAACCUCCAGACAACAUGAAGAAAUUCUGGCGGUUUAUCUUUCGACGGAACCUUCCUGCAACCUCCCUCUCUCUGAUGGAUUGUGCUGUCCUGGGUCUUGGAGAUUCCUCCUACCCUAAGUUUAACUUUGUUGCCAAGAAGCUGAGUAAACGUUUGAUUCAGCUGGGAUCAAAUGGACUGCUGCCUGUGGGAUUGGGCGAUGAUCAACAUGACCUGGGACCCGAUGCUGUAAUUGAUCCCUGGUUAAAGCAGUUCUGGGAACAAGCCUUGAAUAUCUACCCUCUGCUGCCAGGGCUAAGUGUGCUUGGUGAUGAUGUCAUAUUGCCAUCGAAAUACAGCUUUCAAUUUGAGGAUGAUGCAGCCAAAGGUGUCUCAGUGGAACCAUGUGACACAAACAGACAAACUAAAUGCCCACCCUCACAGCUCCACCCAUUCCCUGCGCAGAUGAUCUCUAAUGAAAGGGUCACAGAUGAAACCCACUUCCAGGAUGUGCGGCUCAUCACCUUCGAUAUCACCGGCUCCAGCAUUGAGUACUCAGCAGGGGAUGUGGCCAUGAUUGAACCUCGAAACUCAUUGGAGAGUGUUGAGCAGUUCUGUCAGCUCCUUCGACUCAAUCCAUGCAAAACAUUUCUGCUGAAACCCAAUGAUUCAGCAACACCACUUCCUGCUCGAUUACCACAGCCCUGUACAGUUCAGUACCUGGUGGAACGUUACCUGGAUAUUAACUGUGUCCCGCGACGUUCCUUCUUCGAUCUCUUGUCAUACUUCUCACCUGAUGAGAUGGAGCAGGAGAAGCUAAAGGAAUUCAGCUCAGCUGAGGGCCAGGAGGAGUUGUACAGCUACUGCAACAGGCUUCGCAGGACCACCUUGGAGAUUCUGUAUGAUUUUCCUCAAACUACUUCUGUCAUUCCACCUGACUAUCUCUUCGACCUCAUUCCCGAAAUCCGACCACGGGCAUUCUCCAUUGCUUCUUCACAGUUGGCUUAUCCUAGUCAGAUUCAGAUUCUGAUGGCUGUCGUUCGGUACAGGACCAAGUUGAAGAAGCCUCGCUGUGGCCUGUGUUCCAGUUGGCUAGCAUCCCAGAACCCUCAGCAGAGUGCUGUGUAUGUGCCACUGUGGGUGAAGAAGGGUAUGCUGCAAUUUCCUACAGACAUCAAAAGCCCCAUUAUAAUGAUUGGACCUGGCACAGGAGUGGCGCCAUUCCGAGCAGCAAUACAGGAACGUGUUGUGGAGGGAAAGAAAGGUAGCUACCUGUUUUUUGGCUGCCGUGGGAAGUCAAAGGAUUUCUUCUGCCGAAUGGAGUGGGAGGAGCUAAGUCAGAAGAGCUUCCUGACCCUAUUCACAGCCUUCUCCCAGGACCAGGAGGAUAAAAUCUACGUCCAACACCGGAUAAAGGAAAAUGGACCUCUCAUCUGGAACCUAAUUCAGGAGGAACAGGCAUAUUUCUACAUAGCAGGCAAUGCUAAGAUGAUGCCAACGCAGGUCACAGAUUCCCUUAAGUCUAUUUUCCAGUCAGAGGGUGGCCUCUCUGAACCUGAAUCCGAGCACCUUCUUGUGGAACUGGAACGAUGUGGCCGAUUCCAGACGGAGACCUGGUCCUGAGUAUCCCAGCAUGUAUCAGUUACAGUCAGCAACGUGUCAGUUACACCAGGCUCGGAGCCCAGACAGCACGUUCUGCCUGUCCUGGAAUGACGUGAUAGUGAGUGCAGUCUGAUUGCACGGCACUCAACCCUGGGUUAGGUUACCUGACUGAUCACUCUGCCACUGAGGAGCUGAAAAGAAUGUGGUUGUAUGUUGUAUUGUAAUUUAUCAUUCACAAAAUUGUCCCAGCAAAUCACUAAUUACUCAGAAUCAAAUGUGAGAACACUGUUAGAAUUUAAUUAAAUAAUAUGGAGAAAAAUA